UAAAAAUACUUUACAAUGUGUUUUUGUCCCAGGAUCUUAGUGCAGAUCUGUAAGACUCAGGCGUUUCAGAAACUGAACCCGGCUGAGUUUGAGUUACACGACGAGGUCAGCGACGCCAUACUGACAGGCACAGAGGAGUGGUUCAACAUCCAGAAGGGUCUGAAUCAGCCCAUGACGAAGGAUCUGUCAGAGAUCGUGAGCGCCCUCUCCAGGCUGAUCGCAGAAGUUCAGGAGGACAUUAAACACAACAAGGACGCCUGGAACAGAGUGUUUGUCAG